AUGGCCAGUGACGCAUCAAAUUCAAAAAUGCCAGAACAGCCGAAUAUUCUCUUCAUCAUUGCUGAUCAAAUGUGUGCUCCGAUUCUUCCUUUGUAUGAUCCAAAAUCACCUAUAAAGAUGCCACAUCUCAGUCGAUUAGCUAAAGAAUCAGUUGUCUUUGAUUCGGCUUAUUGCAAUAGUCCACUUUGUGCACCAUCUCGAUUCGUUCUAAUGAGUGGUCAACUACCAAGUAAGAUCGGUGCCUACGACAAUGCUGCUGAUUUCAUUUCUAGUAUUCCGACAUUCGGUCAUUAUCUGAGAAGACUUGGCUAUCAUACUUGUUUGUCUGGAAAAAUGCAUUUUAUAGGAAAUGAUCAAUUGCAUGGUUACGAAGAACGUCUCACUAGUGAUAUCUAUCCAGCCGAUUACGGAUGGACCGUUAACUGGGAUGCAGCUGAAGUUAGACAAGAUUGGUAUCAUAACAUGAGUUCGGUUCUCGAUGCUGGACCUUGUGUACGCAGCAAUCAGAUUGAUUUUGACGAAGAAGUCAUGUACAAAGCUCAGCAAUAUCUCUACGAUCAUGUACGCAAACCUGUAGGAACAAACAAACGACAACCAUUCUGUCUAACUGUUAGUUUAACUCAUCCACACGAUCCUUAUACGACACUAAAGCAUUUCUGGAAUAUGUAUCAAGAUGUUGAGAUUCCUUUGCCUACUGUAAACAUCAAACCAGAAGAGCAAGAUCCUCAUUCUGUGCGUCUCAUGAAGGUCAUCGAUAUUUGGAAUAAUCCAAUGAGUGACGAAGCUAUUCGUCGAGCUCGUCGUGCCUAUUUUGGAAAUUGUACAUAUGUCGAUGCAAAUGUUGGAAAACUUCUUCAGAUUUUAGAGGAAUGUGAUUUAACAGACAAUACGAUAGUUAUUUUUUCAGGAGAUCAUGGUGAUUUUCUAGGCGAACGUGGAUUGUGGUACAAGAUGAGUUUCUUAGAACCAUCUGCACGUGUUCCACUACUAAUAUAUGCGCCAAAAUAUUUUUCACCACAUCGAGUGAGUGAAUCGAUUUCGACGAUUGAUCUGUUUUCUACUCUAGUUGAACUUGCUGGUGGUCAACUCGAAUCCCAUCUUGAAAUCGACAGUCGUUCACUUCUUCCUCAUCUUACCGAAUCGAGCAUCAAACACGAUGAAGUCAUUGGAGAAUAUAUGGCUGAAGGUACUCUAGCUCCGAUGAUAAUGAUUCGUCGUGGUAUCUACAAAUUCAUCUAUUGUCCGAUUGAUCCUCCUCAACUCUUCAAUAUUUCAAAUGAUCCACAUGAAAUGAUCAAUUUGGCUGAAUCAUCUUCGGUGGAGCAUGCUCAACUCUUAGCCCAAUUUCUCAAAGAAGUUCAACAACGCUGGGACUUUUCUGCUAUUACUGCUCAGGUCAUUCGAUCUCAACGGCAAAGACGAUUCACAGAUGCAGCUCUUCGAAUAGGUCAAUGGAAAUCCUGGGAUCAUCAACCAUUCAAAGAUUCGUCGAAACAAUACAUUCGAUCAGUGGCAGCUAACUUGGAUGACCUGGAAUAUCUAGCUAGAUAUCCUCGUAUUGCUGAAUUGCCACCCAGUGCUGCGAAAAUGAACACUGAUUAG